AUGGGGGCCAGGCAGUCUGGUGCCCGCUGCAAGGACAAGGGCCUCCCGGGGCGGGGCGUCCUGCGGGGGAGGCAGAAGUUCUCCCCGUGGGACGAUGCUCUGGUCUCGGGGAGGGACCCGCGGUGUCUGCUGAAGCGGGGCCUGCGGCACGUCAGUUUCAGCCUGGUCACCAAGGGCAUGACAGAUGCUCCCGACUUCCUGUGGAGCCUGUCAGAGGUGCAGAAGCUCAACCUGUCCCACAACCAGCUCCGGGCCCUCCCGCCCGAGGUGGGGAAGCUGACAAGGCUGGUGGUCUUGAACUUGUGCGGGAACCGCCUGAAGACCCUGCCCCGGGAGGUCAGCCUCCUCCAGAGCCUCAAGGUCCUGUUUGUGCACAUGAACUGCCUGACGGAGCUGCCGGCAGAGCUGAGCGCCUGCCGGAACCUGGAGGUCCUGAGCCUGUCGCACAACUUCCUGUCCCAGCUCCCCGCCAGCCUCGCCGACCUCUCCCGGCUGCGCAAGCUGAACCUCAGCCACAACCGCUUUGCGCACAUCCCUGUCUGCGUGUUCUCGCUCAGGGAGCUGGACUUCCUGCACGUGGGCUCCAACCGCCUGGAGAACAUUGCCGAGAGCAUCCAGUGCCUGGCCAGCCUGCAGAUCUUCAUUGCCGAGAGUAACAACAUCCACACCUUCCCCCGCUCCCUCUGCCUGCUCACGAGCCUGGAGCUGCUGAACUUGAACGACAAUGACAUCCAGACCCUCCCCGAGGAGCUCUACCUGCUGUGCAGACUGGCCAGGAUCGCUUGGAACCCCAUGGACAAAGGGCUUCACAUUUCCCACAACCCUUUAUCCAAACCUCUGCCCGAGCUGCUGGAGGGGGGUCUGGAGAUGCUCUUUAGCUACCUGAAGGACAAAAAACACACCUGA